GAAGAAGAAGAAGAUGAAGAAAAGAGACGGACAAUGGAGACAGGAAGUCAGGUGGAGAAGAAGAAGAAGAAAAAGAAAAAGGAGAAGAAAAAGAAAAACGAGAAGAAGAAAAAGAAAAAGAAGAAGAAGAAUACAUGGACAACAGAGACAGGAAGUCAGGUGGAGAAGAAAAAGAAGAAGAGGAAACGGAGAAAGAAGAAGAAGAAGAAGGAAAAGAAGAAGAAGAAUACAUGGACAACAGAGACAGGAAGUCAGGUGGAGAAGAAAAAGAAGAAGAAGAAACGGAGAAAGAAGAAGAAGAAGAAGAAGAAGAAGAAGAAAAAGAAGUUGAAGAAGAAGAAGAAUAGACGGACAAUAGAGACAAGAAUGGUGGAGAAGAAGAAAAGGAAGAAGAAGAAGAAGAAGAAGAAAAAGAAGAGGAGGGACAAAAAGAAAAAAACGAGGAUGACGAGAAAGAGGAAGAAGAAAAAGAAGAAGAAGAACAACAAAAAGAAAGAAAAAGAAGUAAGAAGAAAAAAGAAGAAAGAAAAAAGGAGGAAGAAAAAAAGAAAUGAAGAAAUAAAUAAGGAAAGAAAGGAGAAGAAGAAGAAGAAGGAGAAAAAGAAAAAGAAAGAGAAGAGGAAGAAGAAAAAGAAAAAGAAGAAGAAGGAAAAGAAAGUAGAAGAGGAAGAAGAAAAAGAAAGAAAGAAGAAAGAAAAGAAGAACGAAGAGGAAGAAGAAGAAGAAAAAAAAGUAGAAGAGGAAGAAGAUGAAAGAAAGAAAAUAGAAAAGAAAGAAGAGGACGAAAGAAAGAAGAAGAGGAAGAAGGAGAAAAAAGAAGAGGAAGAAAGAAAUAAAUAAAGAAAGAAAGAAGUAGAAGGAGAAAGAAGGAGAGAAAAGAGGAAGUGUGUGAGAUGA